GAGAGAGGAGAGAGAACACACAAGAGAAGAAGAAGAAGAAGAAGAAUACGAAGAGGAAGAAGAGGAGCCCACGAAGCUGAGAGAAACAAACACCAAAGCUAGAUUUGAGAGAGACAAAGAACCAUUUCUUCACCCAAACUCAGAGAAGUGCUAAGAAAAUUUCUCUGAGAGAGAGAGAGAGAGAGAGAGAGAGAGUUGUUGGUAUAAUCUGGGAUUUAUCUUGUUUUGUAGAGAGUUUGCUUGUUCUCUACAUAUUUGAUCAGGGAUUGUUCGUCCUUCAUUCUUCAUGCAAUUAUCUUACGGUAUGGACAAAGACGAGAAAAAUCAGAGAGCAAAUAAACCAUUAGAGCCAGAUUUUUUCUUGCAGUGGGGGAAUAAAAAGAGGCUUAGAUGUGUGAGAGUAAGAGACCCUCGAAUCAUCUCACAGAGAUCCGAUGGUGUACUUAGCAGGAAAAUCACAUCUCGUUUUGAUAGACGCAUCGUAUCUCCUGCUACAGAGAAGGAAACAUUUCAUCCUCAAUCCAAUCGUCUUACCAGGAAUUCUGAGGCAGCAACACUCCGGUCGAGUGUGAAUGAGAACCGGAAAUCGGCAUCGCCUGAGAAAGAAGACAGGUAUUACACCACAAGAGGGUCAAUGGGUGUGGAUGAGAAUGGGAAGAUUUCAAUCGACUGUAACAAUGGCGAGGAUAAAGGACGACACGUUUGGCCAAAGCUAUAUAUCACACUGUCAAGCAAAGAAAAAGAGGAGGAUUUUAUGGCCAUGAAAGGGUGUAAGCUUCCUCAACGGCCCAAAAAGAGAGCCAAGAUUAUCCAAAGAAGCUUACUUUUGGUGAGCCCUGGGGCAUGGUUGACUGACAUGUGCCAAGAGAGGUACGAAGUGAGAGAGAAGAAGAGUUCUAAGAAGGUGAUGCCUGUAAAAGGAAAUGGCACCGCCAGCUCUGGCAAUGGCUGUAAUCAUAUCAGGCCCUGCAGCAUACGAGUAAAGCGAGCAAAAUCUAAAGGGAAUCAUAUCUCCAGUGAAAUAUAAUGGCCAAGAGAGAUUUGUGACUUGCUUGUGAUGUGCCAGCACGUGACAAAUAGAGAGAAUUCAGGACUGUUUAAUUGGAUAUUCUAGAGGCUAAUUCGCAAAAUGAUUAUGUCAUCUGUAUGCUUUUCUGCAGAAUCUAUUUGCUUAAAACAGAAACCAUUGCCAAGCACAAAUCCAGGUAUCUCACUUAUUAGCUCCACUUAUCCCAAAUCCAGUUACAUUUUAACUUUGGAAAAAACUGAAGCAGAAGAAACAUGCAUAUUAGUCUUCUGGUUAUACAAAUGUUUACAUCAGUUUGCAAUCACACAUUUUCAUGGGGCCUGAGUAGCUAAGUACAAUGUCCAUAGUACAUAUGAGGAGCAAGCAGCCAAGACCCAGGUGACUGUUUAGUUUUCAGCAAAUCAUGUGUUUUGUUUGCCUUCCAGAAUUCUAUAGUAAUUCAUAUCACUUAUCAUCUAGGCUGCGAUUGUGAUGUGCUGCAGAAUCCUACGCAGACAAACAAGACGAUAAG